UUCACUCUAAAAGUGAAAAACUAGUUCCGGUUAGAUAAAAUCUCCUGAGACACACAUGUUCUUCCUUUCCAAGUGAAUGCCGAAGUCUUGAACGGACCAUGUCUAGCGUUACUGCUGAUUACAACAGCUCACGAGAUCGAGACCAUGGAGGGCCCGAAGGAAUGGAGCCUGAUGGUGUCAUCGAGAGCAACUGGAACGAGAUUACAGACAAUUUUGAUGAUAUGAACCUGAAGGAAACUCUUCUUCGUGGAAUUUAUGCCUAUGGUUUUGAGAAACCUUCAGCUAUUCAGCAGAGAGCCAUAAUUCCCUGCAUAAAAGGUUAUGAUGUUAUUGCUCAGGCCCAGUCAGGGACUGGUAAAACAGCCACAUUUGCCAUUUCCAUCCUGCAGCAGCUGGAGAUUGAGCAGAAAGAGACUCAAGCUUUGGUCCUGGCACCAACUCGAGAACUUGCUCAGCAGAUUCAGAAGGUUAUCCUGGCCUUGGGUGACUACAUGGGUGCGUCUUGCCACGCUUGCAUUGGCGGCACUAACGUGCGGAACGAAAUGCAAAAACUGCAGGCCGAAGCUCCUCACAUUGUUGUUGGCACGCCAGGUCGUGUAUUUGACAUGCUGAAUAGGAGAUACUUGUCUCCUAAAUGGAUUAAGAUGUUUGUCCUUGACGAAGCUGAUGAGAUGCUGAGUCGUGGGUUCAAAGAUCAAAUUUAUGAGAUUUUCCAAAAAUUAAGCACAAACAUCCAGGUUGUGCUGCUUUCGGCCACCAUGCCUGCUGAUGUACUGGAGGUGACCACAAAGUUCAUGCGUGAACCUGUUCGUAUCCUGGUGAAGAAGGAAGAGCUGACUCUGGAGGGUAUCAAGCAGUUUUACAUCAAUGUAGAACGAGAGGAGUGGAAAUUAGACACACUUUGUGACCUCUACGAGACCCUUACAAUCACACAGGCUGUUAUAUUCUUGAACACAAGAAGAAAGGUCGACUGGUUAACUGAGAAGAUGCACGCAAGAGAUUUCACAGUUUCUGCUCUGCAUGGAGACAUGGACCAGAAAGAGCGAGACAUAAUCAUGAGGGAGUUUAGGUCUGGCUCCAGCAGGGUGCUCAUAACCACAGAUUUGCUGGCACGUGGAAUCGACGUGCAACAAGUUUCUCUUGUCAUAAACUAUGAUUUACCAACAAAUCGAGAGAAUUAUAUUCAUAGGAUUGGCCGUGGAGGUCGGUUUGGCAGAAAAGGUGUUGCUAUCAAUUUUGUUACUGAAGAAGACAAAAGAAUUCUUCGAGACAUUGAGACGUUUUACAAUACAACUGUUGAGGAGAUGCCCAUGAAUGUCGCUGACCUGAUUUAAACUUUUGAGAUUUGAAUGCAGGGAUAGUUGUCGAAUGAUCUCCAUUUGCGCUUAUAUUAUUGGAAGAUAAACCUAUUCGAUGCUGGCUGCGGAUCCGACUUGCGAAUUCAAUACUUAACGUGACUCUGUGUGGACGAUUGUAGACUCCAACCAUAUCAGUGUUUACUGGUGGUGGGGUUUACAAAAACAUGGGUUCUUUACAUGUAUUCUUUAUCAGGUAUUUUUUCCCUAGUAUGUUCGAAAUGUACGUGUUCGAUGUUCUUCAUCGUUUAGUAAUUUACUUGUGGACUAAAAGAUACAAGUGCUGCAUCAAGACUGCCAAUUAUGUUAUGCUAACAUAUGUGUGCAGUUUAGCUUGAUUCACUUCAUCUACAUUUUCAGUAAUGGCACUUUUUAGUUUUGUGGAAUGUAUUUAAUUGUAUAUUGUUUUAUCAAAUACUUUUUGUGAAAUCCUCUUCCAAGGUGGGUCUUAACAUCUUAAAACGAAAUGUUUCAUGUUUGGCCCAUUUGAUAAUAAAGGGGAUCGUGAUUA